CAAAAAUGGAACUCCAAGAAAAAGUAUUGACCUGUUGUAGGCCAGGCUGUGCGGUGAAGUCACUGUACUGGUCGGAAGAGGAGAAAAAAGGAGUGUGUAUUAGGCAUUGGCAGGAUGAAGAGGGGGAUAUGAGGAUAGUGUGGAGGAUUACUGACCAGAGUGGAGAGGAUUUUUUGAAAUGAAGAGAUGAGUGUAUGGAGCAAAUCGAAAAAUGGAAAGAAAAUCAAAAUAACUCUUGAGAUAAAAGUGCUGAUCCUGAGCUCCUUGAAAAAAUUUUAAACAUUAUUAAAGAAAAUUUUGAUAAGCUUGAGGAAUAUCUAGACAAUGAAGAGAUUUGCAAGUUUUCAGAAGCCAAUAAUGAAUGCAAAUGAAAGUUAUCUUCAGACCAAAUUUCAAAUGCUAGAGAAUUACCCCCUCAUCAAGGUUAUAUGCCUUAUCUAGACCCAGAAACACUAUUUGAGCUAGUCUCGAUUUCAAUAGAGGGAAUUGAGAAUGAAUCUAGCCUACAAGAUUCAGCUUUAAAGGAAGAUAUUCAAAAUAUAUCAGAUAAAAAUAUUCAAGAUGUCAUAUCUAAACCUAAUAGCAUAAUCAAGAAUAUUCUUAAGGAAAAGAUACUUUUACCCCCAGAAGAGUGGAAAAUGUUUAGUAGACGCUUCAAGAAAUUAGAGAAGAAAGGAGUGAUCAAGCUGACUGGAAACUUUCAUUAUCAAUCAUUAUUUAAGACUUUCUGUUUUGAGAUGACUUCAAGCGCUUUUAAAGAAUACCUGAAACAGUUUAAUCGAAGUAUGCUGAUGGACUCUAGUAAUCCAAAAUUACUAGUCUACUUCAUGCUCUUCAUUUCUUUCAGAAGAGUAGCGAGGUUACAAAAUAUCGAAAAAUUACCAGAAUCAGAUAGAGCAAAACUUUUGACUACUGAUAAUAAAUUCUUCUUUCAAAGGAUUUUUGAAUUUAGGAAGAAGGAAGAAAAUAUUCAGAAGAAUAUUUAUUACAAAACUCUUCCUAAGGAUAAUGAUGAGACACUUCCAUGUGAACAUGAUGACUGACAGCUUCCCUCUUUCUAUUACCUCCCUGAAUAUGAGAUUAAGCUCUGCUUCUUACAUCGGUUCCAUAGUGAUUAUAAAGAUUUAUCAAAAUGAAUUUGACUCCAACCUCAUAAUCUCUUUGAAACCUUCAAGAUAACAAAGAAUCCAAUUCCAAAGGAUGUAAGGCAGAGCUUGCUGAUUAAUGCGAACAUGAUGAUUGGUAAAGAUAUUGUCUUAAAAGAUAUUUAUUAUUUUAAAGAAUUUAUCCAGAAUGAAGUCUUACUUAACUGAUUUGAGAAGAAGAAAUACCCUAAGAAUGAACUGCCUAAUGAUUCUUUGUAUUUCGAUGAUGAAUUAGUGUCGAAUUUAUGGAAUACUUAUGAUAAGAAUAAGAAUUCUUACUCAUUAUCCCAUCAUCUAAAUGCUCAUAAAUUCAGCCAAGCUCAAAAAGAAGAUAAACUAAGAAUCAUCGUCUGUGAAGAUGUGUAUAAAAAUCCAGAAUCGUUAUAGAUAAAAUAAAAAAAUAUCUUGAGAAUGAAGAAGACGAUUUUGAAGAAAACUGAGAAAAUCAAAUUCUUCAGUUAAAGGACUUUGAUGACUCUAAUAACAACCCUAAAUCGAAUGCUGUGGAUAUUCAAUCAGAAAUAUCUUCCAUCAAGCCUUUCAACAAGCAUUCCACAAUGUCAUUUCAGAAUAGACCAGAAUCUUCAAAGAAAAUUCCUAGUAAUGACUAUUGCCUACUUAAGAACUCAAAAAAUUAUCAAAAACUAACAGAAAAGGGUGAAACACCUCCUGAUAAUUUACCCAACCAGAAUCAUGAGCCAUCUGCAAAAGAGGAAUCAAAGCAUCCAGAAGAGAUUAAUAAUGAAGAUGAAUCAAUCAGUGAUUCAAGUGAAAAAUCAACUUUAACUGCAUCAACUUUAACUGCAUCAAAUAAAUCAGAACAAUCAAAUAGAACUUUUAUUGCUCCAUUAAGUUUACAAAAUGCAAGUAUUAAUUCAUUGUCAAACCACAUGGAACAAACAAGCAAUGCUGAUAAAUUACAGCAAGAAGAGAGCAAAGAUAGAGGCAAUGACUUAGUGAAAAUAAAUGUAGAUAAAGAAGAAGAAUUAGACGAUAUUGGUCAGAUAAAUAGAAAAUUCGCAGAUUCGGAAAGAAAUAUGAAGCUAGAUUAUGAUUUCUUCUUAAAAGAAAAGAAGAGAUAUUAUGAGGAGGAAGAAAAGAAACAAAAAAUUGAUGAUCAAAUGUAUUAUGACGCAUAUGACUCUGAUUAUGAGGAGGAACGUUUUGAAAAAUAUGUAGGAAAAUAUAAUGAAAAAUACCCAGAAAAAGCAAAAGAAAUAAUUAAUGAAAAUAAAUUGAUAAUAGAUUUUAGUAUAAAGGAAGAUUAUGAAUUUAUCAAAGAAUGAAAAGAUAAGAUUAAAGUUAAUAAAAUUGAAUUUUCUAAUGUUCCAAAAGAAGACGAGCAUAUACUACUUUAUCUUCUCAAAUGCUUUCCAAAGAGCUGAGAUUCUUUCACGAUUAAAUUUGCAAAAACCUAGAAAUAAAAGCAUAGAUUUCUAUUUUAAAGGAUUUGAAAAAAUCAGUUCUAAAAUAAAAGAAGGCUUAGAUCUUUGGUAUUGUAAACUCAACCAAAAGCAAAUAACCAGUCUUUUUAAAAAAUGGAAAAACAUUCGGAAAAUUGAAUUCAACUGCUGUGAACUUGACCUUGAAUCAGUUCCUAAUUUUGGUGAUUCACUUGAAUCUUCAAAAAUCAAAACAUUUAAGCUAUGAUACUGAGGAGACUGGAAGUUUAAUAAAUACCAAUUUAAAAACUUAGUCCAAGGACUAUACCAGAUCAAAGACUUCUUCCAAAACCUCAAAUCCCUUUACAUCUGGGGCAAUAGAAUAUCCAAACAAGAAGUACUCCAAAUCCUCCAAUCCUGCUCCUCCCCAGUCACCCCCAUCACCACUCCAAAACCCAUGCUCCAAUCCUCUUCCACCACUUCCACAACUUCUUCAAGUUCCUCUUCCUCCAAGAUUCCAAGUGAGCAUCCAGCCCAAGCAGAGUCGUUAGCGGUCGACCUGAAGAAAAUAGAUAUUUACUGCAGUACGAAGGAUUUUGUGAAGAGAAGAUAAGUGAGAAUAAUAAAUAAUUACUAAUUUUCAU